UGACGUUUGAAAACACUUCCGCAUCCGUCACUUCCUUUGAAGUGGCAUGCGUUUGUUUUUCUCCUUUAAUAUUAAAAGGAAUCCCUAACCCAAAAUGAGCAAAUGCUGUCGCAUAGACAACAGAAAUGGACGACAACGACGGGAACAUGUUGGAGCGACGCCGCGCUUUGCCGUUGUGGAUGUCCAAAAAGGACAACAAGGGGAAGGACAAACAGUCACUGAAGACCACAAGGAAGAAGAAAGCUGCGCGGGCAGUUCAUUACUGCAUGAACGAGAAAGAGCUGCUUGAAGCAGCUAUUGCAUAUCUUGGCGACCAGCAUAUAACUCCCCUAUCCGGCCAGCAGGUUCAGUCCAAGCUGAAGGAUGCUGGUGGAAAAAGUGACUCUUCAACAAAGAACACAGGGAAGCUGGUGUCUUUAGAGGAGGGGAAGCCAGCAUGUCAAGAGACCUGCGUCUCAGAAACAGACUUGGAUGUUGCUGAGAUGGAGACUAUUCCGUACGCCAGGAGCACUCAUGAGGAAGAGGAAGAGGAGGACACAAAACAACAGACAGAAAAGACUGAGAGGCAGCAUUUGACUGAAAACCAAGGCAGUGAUGAUGACAUGCGCCUUGUACGAGAAAUCUUUUUCACCUGAAAAUACAAUCUGCAUCGCACACUCAUUGUUAAUUUGUGGUUGCAUCCAGGGAACCUUUGCAAAUCUCAGGCAUACAAUCGAGACCCACCUAAAAUGGGUGAAAAAGGCCUCUUUCCCUGUAUUUGUGGACAGUUAUUUUUGUGUGCGUAAAGUGGUGUUACAUCUGCUCAUAACUCGGAGGUGUGCUGUUCCCCAGCACGGCCAAUUGGGGCGUCCCAACACAUACACCAAACUGUGGAGACUUUUAAAGACAUGUGAGCAGACAAGAAUCAACUGAGGAAUGAACAAUUAACUUGACAUCACUCAUCACAGUGCACGUCAUGAACCAUACCCAUUCCGCAGAGGUUGUUAGGGUUUACAGAUUAUCUUGAUCGUAUGAUUAUGUUGGAAUGUAACCUGUAAUAAAUAACCUAGCUAGAUUAGUUUUAUGCUUAUGUUGGAAUGUAACCUGUAAUAAAUCACCUAGCUUGUCCCGUCCUACACAACGCCGUAAAACACCCCCUUCUAUGGUUUGACUAGAGGUCAAGGGCUUCAACUCCAUCCAGUCCACUCUCACCCCCACCCUGUUUCUCUCAAUAAAAAUGCUCUUGCAAGAGGCCUGAGUCAGACCUCAUUCCAUCAUCGCUGUAUGCACAGCGACAAAUGACUCUCCAUUUGCAAGUGCUUAAAAAGGG